AUGGCCCUCCGCCUUCCUCUCGUCGCGCUCGCUACGGCGGCCGUCGCGCACGCCGCUGACGCCCCGCUGCCCACGUGGGUCGAAGUCACUCGUGGCUACAAGCAAGUCGCGGCCGAUAACAACGUUGUGUGCCUCCUCGAUGCUAAGAAGCAAGUGUCGUGCGCUGCCCCGGCGACAGCUAUCGCCCAGUGGCCCAAGCGCGACGGCGAGUGGUCGGCGAUUGCAGUUGGUGGCAGCUCGGUCGUCGAGUACAGCUACACGAACGGCACGGCCGUCGUCUCGGACAUUGUCACUGGCGCGUCGGUCGAGAUUUCGACCGACUUUGCCACGCAUGUCGCGACCGACGGCAAGAUCUUUUGCGCCCGCGAACAAAAGCCUGGUGCGCAGAACCACAUGUCCAUCAAGUGCCUUCCGUACACCGACAAGUUUGGUCAGCAAAAGUGGACGUACCAAGAAGCGCAGAAGCAUUCGUUUGCCUUCCACGCCGGUGCGUCGACGCUGUACGCCCUCGACAAGGUGCACAACUUGCACGUUGGCACGACGGCCGAGAUCGCGUCCGGCGAAGUCAAGUGGACCGAUGUCAAGAGCCCGGGCUUCUCGCAGAUCGCGUUCAACGGCACGCGCGUCUGCGGCAUCACGGCCGAGACCAAGCAGAUCCAGUGCAGCGAGGGCUCGCUCGAAAAGAAGCGCGUUCCAGUGGGCCGACUCGCUUCCGGGCCGCUCGUGGAUCAGCCUCGCGCAGAGCAAUGGCCUUCUCUACGUCGGUGGAUGGAGGACGGCGUGCUCUACAUCAACGGCAUGCCCGAACCGACGCCUGCGCCGACAACCCCCGAGCCGACGACCCCGGAACCGACCCCCGAGCCGACGCCCGCGCCGACGCCUGCGCCAAUCCCCGAGCCGACGAAGGCGCCGGCCCCGACGACGUGGGUCGAAGUGGCGCGUGAUGGCAAGCAAGUGGCUGCCGACAACGACUACGUCUGCCUCCUCGACACGGCCAAGCAGGUGGCCUGCGCCACGGCGCCGUCGACGACGACCAAGUGGGUGAAGCGCGAUGGCAAGUGGUCCAUGAUCGCUGUCGGUGGCAACUCGCUCGUCGAGUACAGCUACGCCAAAGGCAACGCCGUCAUCUCGGACAUCAAGAACAACACUUCGGUCGAUGUCUCGGUCAACUUUGGUUCGCACGUUGCGACCGACGGCGACAUCUUUUGCGCCCGCGAGCAGAAGGACACAAGCUAUAUCUACAUGAAGUGCCUUCCGUACACCGACAAGUUCGGUCAGCAGAAGUGGAAGUACCAGGAGGCGGCCAAGCAUUACUUGGCCUUCCACGCCGGUGCGUCGACGGUGUACGCCCUCGACGAAGUCCACAACCUCCAUGUCGGCGCGACGGCCGAGAUCGCGUCGGGCGAAGUCAAGUGGACCGAUGUCAAGAGCCCUGGCUUCUCGCACAUUGCGUUUGACGGCACGCGCGUCUGCGGUAUCACGGCUUUGUUCAAGGAGAUCCAGUGCAGCAUCAGUCCGCUCGCGGAGAAGCGCAUUACGUGGUCCGAGCCGCUUGCUGGCCGCUCGUGGACCAGCAUUGCGCUCAGCGGCGACUUGGUCUAUGCCGUCGACGAAGCGGGCUCGGUCCAAAUGAUUGGCGCGCCCAAGCCGAUGUAAGCGUUAUUUCUCCCACGCCACGGUAGUAAUGCAGUGCAUUUCGGUC